AUGAUCUUUUGUGCUAGAUCGAAAAAGCCAAUCAAGAGAAAAAUUGUCGUAGUAGGUGAUGGCGCAUGUGGCAAAACAUCCUUGUUAAAUGUUUUUACCAGAGGCUUCUUUCCCCAGGUUUAUGAGCCCACUGUAUUCGAUAAUUAUGUGCAAGAUGUUGAAGUGGAUGGAAAGCUUGUAGAGCUAUCUAUAUGGGACACUGCUGGCCAGGAAGAAUUCGACCGCCUUCGGUCGCUAUCAUACAAUGAUACACAUGUUAUCAUUGUUUGCUACUCUAUCGACAAUCGAGAUUCAUUGGAAAAUAUCCCAAAUAAAUGGAUUGAGGAAUUGCAAGAUGGGUGUCCUCAUGCAAAGACAAUGCUGGUAGCCCUGAAAUGCGACCUUCGAGAUGAUGAAGUUGCAUUGAAAAAAGUGAAGCCCAUCUUAUAUGAAGAGGGGCUGGAGGUGGCCAAAAGUAUCAAGGCUAUCAGGUAUCUCGAAUGCUCUGCAAAGCGCAAUCGAGGCGUAAGCGAGUGCUUUGAACAGGCAGCUAGGGUUGCAACAUCAGUCAAGUUACAUGAUCAAGCCGAUGAAAAGAAAUCAUGUGUCAUCUUAUAG